AUCUUUUCAGUCUCAGCAAAGAGAUGACUGCAGUCACUCAAAUAAAGAUUGGAAUUAUCGGAGGGUCUGGACUUGAUGAUCCAGAUAUUUUAGAGGGAAGGACGGAGCGAUAUGUCGACACCCCGUUUGGAAAGCCCUCAGACGCACUUAUUGUGGGUAAAAUUAAAAAUGUUGAGUGCGUUCUCCUUGCAAGGCACGGAAGGCAACACACCAUAAUGCCGUCCAAUGUGAACUACCAGGCCAACAUCUGGGCCUUGAAGGAGGAAGGAUGCACACAUAUUUUGGUCACCACGGCAUGUGGGUCGCUCAAGGAGGAGAUCCAGCCAGGAGACAUCGUGAUCAUUGACCAGUUCAUUGACAGGACCACGAAAAGGGCUCAGACAUUUUACGACGGACGUCCCACCAGCCCCCCUGGUGUGUGUCACAUACCCAUGGCUGAGCCCUUCUGCACCAGGACUAGAGAGGUGUUGCUGGAGGUGGCGCGGGCUCUUGGUGUGAGGUGCCACCCACGGGGUACCAUGCUCACCAUCGAGGGGCCUCGUUUCUCCUCGCGGGCGGAGAGCCUCAUGUUUCGCCAGUGGGGCGCCGACGUCAUCAACAUGACCACCGUACCCGAGGUGGUCCUGGCCAAAGAGGCCGGGCUUUGCUAUGCCAGCAUUGCCAUGGCAACCGACUACGACUGCUGGAAGGAGCACGAGGAGGCGGUGUGUGUUGACAACGUCCUGAAAACGAUGAAAGAGAACGCCAACAAGGCCAGCAGCAUCCUGCUAACGGCCAUCCCGCGUAUCGCUGAGAUGGACUGGGAUCACACGCUGAAGGCACAGCAGGCGAUGGCCCAAACUUCAGUAAUGCUUCCAAAAUCCUGAUGCACACUCAUCCACAGCAGAUGCCUUAAUGAGUCAAUUCCUGCCUGUGUGGAAUCACUGUCGCAUUUCUACUGUUAGUCAUGCAAGUCAAGAACAAAACAAACAAAAGAAAAAAAAAAUUUUGCUGACUUGAAUGUUUUCUUUCCAUAUUCGUAGGAUCACUCCUUUGUCCUCUGUCUUAUGCAUACUACUUUUGGGGGGGUUUUCCUUUUUUUGGGGGGGUCCAGUUUUGUGCUCGAUUAGCGGUUCACAUCCUGAAGCCAUAAGGUUGAGAUUUAAUGUAUCCAUUAGUGUAACAUAAAAUCAGAACUAGCACUACCUAUCUUUACAAGUCAAAUACCAAGGACUGGCUGCAUGCUACUUUUCUUUAUGUGAGCCAAACAAUGCUGUAUAUUUUAAAGGCUUUAGUCAAUCAGGCCUGGGUUAUCUGUCCGCUCCACCAUGUGUACAGCCAAUCGCAUGACUCAUUUACCGAGUAAUUACUUUUCUGAGUAAUUGCUUUUCCAUUUGAAACCUGAUAACAGAAUUACCAUUAAAAAUGUGUUCACGAUGACAAAGUGUGUAAUUUGUAAAAGGUUUAAACAAUGUCUGUUUUUUGUACAAGACUGUAUAUGCCUUACAUAUUUUAAAUAAUAAUCUCAUUAUGUGAGAAAUAUACCUGCGUUGUUACUGUUUAUCUCCAUUUAAGCAUUUGUAUUCUGUUAUUUUAAUGAAACUGUCAGACAUGCACGGUGCAAGUAAGUAGCUGUAACUCCACGUGAAAGAUCUGCAGUCACUAUUUAGAUUAAACAUCGUUUUAAAAAAAAGGUCUAAUGUCACUUCCCAGGGAAAGAAAGACAGAA